AACGGACGGGCUGAUAUUAUGCCCCAUUGGAACUUUGCUAAUCCUCAACUAAGAUGUCAUUACUUGUUCUAAUUCCUAAGGCCCCAAAAUUUUUCAGAACCUCACUUGGUCUAGGGUUCGCUGAAAGAUGUGCGCUUUCAUCCCUCUGGAAACAUUCCAACUCCUUAAAUCAGAUAUUACACUUUUUAGUUCUAUCCUUGACAAAUCUUUUCUUUGUUAUACUCAUCACUUGUAUAAUGACUUUUUGUAAUGCCGUUGAAUGUCCUCGCUUCAAAAGGAAGGAAAAGAAGGCGUUCCAUUUUUCUAUGCAGCCAAAAGAAACGGAGGAGAUUAGUGCCCUUUUCUCCAAGCGAAGAUCCGAAUCAAAGACUUGUGCAAAUGGGUUCUCUCGCAACUGCACUAACUUCAUUGAAGAUGGAGUUCAGCAAUGAUUUAAGUUACUUUCCUGGAAUGGCCGCUAGCUCUGCUAAUACGGCCAUCCUAGAGAAGGGUGGAAUGCAGGUCCUGGCUGGAGAAGAUAAAGAAACUUUAGAGCUGUGCAGGACCAUGUACAGGAGAGGGGAAUGCCCUCCCCUGGUUGUAAUUUUUGAUUCAUGUGAAGGCUUCACAGUGGAAGCUGAUGAGGACAUCAAGGACAUGACCUUUAUCUCGGAGUACACUGGAGACGUGGAUUACUUGAAAAGGCGAGAACAUGAUGACUGUGACAGCAUGAUGACCCUUCUCCUUGCAACAAAUCCAUUUCAUAGCUUAGUCAUCUGUCCAGAUAAAAGGGGAAAUAUUGCUCGUUUCAUCAGUGGAAUUAACAACCAUACUCCGAAAGGCAUGAAGAAGCAGAACGUUAAAUGUGUCAGAUAUGAUGUCAAUGGUCAGUGUCGAGUCCUACUUAUCGCUUGUCGCGACAUAUCUCGUGGCGAAAGGCUUUAUUAUGACUACAAUGGGUACGAGCAGGCAUACCCAACCCAGUUUUUUUUGUAAUAUUUCACCGAAACAUUAGCUUACCCAUUUAUCAUUGGAAACCAUAAAUCUAUGAUUUGAGGGGCUGCUUUUUACUUACUGUACACCCGGUUCCUUUUACCAUUUAAAGGCCGCCAGCGGUGUUCCAUGAGGCAUUUUUUUUUCCCAUAAUUUUAAUGCAUUUUUGCGUCCAUUUUGCAUU